GGCCGUGCGCCGCCACAGGCGGGGCCGCGCACGCGUGUCACAGCGGGACUGGGGCUGCAGCUUCAACAACCUGAACGUUCUACAGCAGCUGAAACAUUACAGGGCAAAUAGAUGGCCAAGCUAGAUGGUAGUGCAGUCUAAAACUGCCCAGAUGAGCAUGAAGAUUAUCAGGAUUUGGGAAUCUCAUCACUGCUUUCUUCAUUCAGGUCCAGAGGUCCCUCUUCUGCUGCACUUACCCUGAGGAUCAACCCUGACCAUGCUGAGAUUCGGGCAGCACCUCAUCAAGCCCUCGGUGGUGUUCCUGAGGACGGAGCUGUGCUUUGCCCUGGUGAACCGCAGGCCGGUGGUGCCAGGACAUGUCCUUGUUUGUCCCCUGCGGCCGGUGGAGCGUUUCCGUGACCUGUGUCCCGAGGAAGUGGCUGAUUUGUUUUGUACGGCGCAAAGGGUCGGCAAUGUGGUGGAGAAACAUUUCUGUGGCACUUCGCUCACCUUUUCCAUCCAGGAUGGCCCUGAAGCUGGACAAACAGUGAAGCAUGUUCAUGUCCAUGUGCUGCCAAGGAGGGCUGGAGACUUCAGCAGGAAUGACGAUGUCUACGAGGAGUUGCAGCGACAUGAUAAAGAUGAUUCCCCUGACAAGUGGAGGACAGAAGAAGAAAUGGCAGCUGAAGCAGAAAUUCUGAAGAAGUAUUUCCAGGAAAGUUAGAGGUAACAAAGUGUUUGGAACACAUCCCAUGACACCAGAAAGUCCCCAGAAAGAAUGACCUCAUUCUCCAGUUCUCAGUGGCCCUGCAGCUGCAGCUCGACAAUUUUAUUAUGUUCUACAAGUAUGGGAUUCUUCCAAGAAAAAUUUUAUUGGACCUUUGGAUAUCAUCAAGGUUGAAUUCCAGCUAAGACAACUAAACAGCACUGGUUCAAAAUAUUGCUCUGAAUUGUAACUCAUAUUUUUCUGAAUUGUGUACUUGGGAAUGAAUCUUUUUAAAUUGUCCCUUGGCCUAAAUAGAAAUAAAGUCCCAGGAAAAUCAGGUAGCUACUGCAUUAUAAAGUGUUUACUUCUUGUUGUGCUCUUUGAUUCAGUUAUUGUAUAUAGGCUAUUUUAUCAUAGAAGAAUUAGAUCUUUUAGCAGUGUGGCAAUUCAUACAAACCAAGACUUUGUUACAGACAAGCCAAGAUAAACUUGGAAAGCUGUUUUUUCUUCUAUAACAAUAAAGAUUCAGCUUCCUGA